AAACGAGCUUCUCUCGUCUACUUUACCCUCGACUCCUUCGAAAUCUCGUCCGUUUAGUCGGAUUACCCUUUGAAUUUCUUAUAAAUUAUUUCCUCUAUGUCUUUCCGUUCAUUUUCUCUUUAUUUCGACGUUAUGCCGACGAAAAAAGAGAGAAGUGCAACGAUAUAAAAGUUUAUUCGCGUUCGCGUAUCUCGCGGGCUCGAUGUCAGACAUGAAAAGCGCAUUAAGACGAUCGGAUAUCGCUGAGGAUAGGGGCCUUUUGAUGAUCGCCGAUCGAGAUAGCUCGCCGGCAAACCCAGAUGGUUUCUAACCUCAAAACCUCUCCUCGAUACCGUCCAAGUAAUUAAUUUGAAAGUCGGUUUAAUUAGUUGCCUCCGUGAUUCUCUCUUUUAGCUAACUAUGAAGUAAUAUCUUUUAAAUCGCUAAAUAAAGAAACGGACUCGCUUCCUUUCUAUGUAUUAUUUCUUUUAUCGGUGUUUCGAGCAAUGAACUUUCUUGAAGACAUCAUUUUUAGCUUAUUAAAUGGUAUCUAUCGGCUAUCUGCUGGAUGAUCAUCAAUCGCGAAUCUAAACGGCAAGCGAGUCGAGUAUUCGUUGUCCAUUUCUUCUUGUACGAUGGAAUGAAAAAAUUGCACAAAUGAAAGGUUAAUGAACGGUGCGUCGAGAGCAGUCUCGAGGACGAACGAAGGGAAGGAGGAGAGAGCGAACGAUCACAGAAGCGUGUAUGAGACGCGACGGGACGUAUCGUGGAUAAAUUAAAGUUGAUCUUUUUAGUGGCUUGCGAAGGACGGCGACAAAGGCGCGCAAAUUAUUCAAUACAUACGUCGUCAUUGAGCAACGCUCACAUCUUUUAUAAUGUACAAACGAAAGAAGAAAGAGAUAAAACGCUGAGAAAAAGAUUUCUUUUUUAAUUACAUUUUUGUUUACAAAUAAUUCGAUGUUACAUUGUAUUUUCGUACUCAAUGAAAACAAUGUUGGAGGUAGGUGCGUGUGUGCGCAGGAACGAUUGGUCUCUCUUGUCGCUGCGUUAAAAUCUCCAGCUGUGCGAAUCGGUGUACACGCUGAGAGAAAUUAUAUAAAGGACGUGCGUGGAAGGCGAGUCGUCGACAUUAAAGGAUCAAAGGGACGGUUCUAUCUAUCCUAUCAAAUCUUUUUGCUGAUCCUUCGACGGAAAAGAAGAAGAAGAAAAGAAAUAAGGAAGGAAGGAAGGGAGGAAGGAAGAAAGGAAGAAAGAAAGAAAGAAAGAAAGAAAGAAAGAAAGAAAGAAAGAAAGAAAGAAAGAAAGGAGGUCAUCGCAAGAAGCUUUUUCGCCGACGUAUUCGUACAUACGCGCACAUAACAUGCGCGUACAUAUCCUGCGUACUCGCGGGAAUAUCGAAGGCAAGGCACGCGGCUAUAAAAGCUGAACCGAUCCGAGCGAGAGGAACGACCCGAGGCUGUUGAAGAAGGAGUUCUGGUGAGGGGAACGAAAGGGUGAAAUGAGGAGAGGGAGAGAGAAAAGAGGAAGCCGCUCGAAUCGUGCGAGUACGAAGCAAGAAGAAGAAAAUGAGAGAGAUAGAGAGGAGAGAAAGAAAGAAGAUGAAAAGGAGAAGAAGCGGACUACAUCUUACCACUACUAAUACACUACUACGCAACGCAAAGUCUCUUCGUUGUCUCCGAGAGAGAGCUAAGGAAAGAGAAGGUCUCUCUCUUUCUCUUUUUCGCGAGCCAUCUCGGUUGUCUGUCAAGACACUUUUAAAAUGCUAUCCUCCAGCAGAAGCAUCGACGUGGAGCCACCCUUUCUCUCCCUUCAAGGUGGAUUCCCUUCUUUCUUAUUCCCUAUGGUGCUCUCGGCGGGCCAUUCUCGGAGAAAAACGUGAAAUAACGAAGGAAGGGAAUGCACCAUGCGGGAACCGGUCUCCGUUUCUUCGUUCGUUCCUUCCUUCCUUCCUUCCUUCCUUCCUUCCUUCCUUCCUUCGUUGAUUUCUGUUCUUCCCCAGAACGCAUAGUCUAGCUCUCGUCGUUCCAGACAAGGAAGAACUUUUUAUCUUCCUCUUUCUUCUCUUCCUUCUCCUCUUCUUCUUCUUCGUCAUUGUCGUCGUCGAAUCAAGAGAAGAGACCGACCGUGACAGGGACGAGCAUCCGUCACGAGACCGAUGCGAUCCAUCUUCCAACGUCCUCUCUCGUUUUUUCCUCCAUUAUACUCGAGGGUGCAAAGGAACUAUCGCGCUAGCGACACUGAUGCCUCUGGUGCAUUACAACUGUUCGAAACACUUGAGGCUCUUUCUUUGUGCCGUCUUUGCCCCUGUAUGCUCCGAACAUGUGGCCAUGCAGAUACCCGCUUGCAAAUCUCUCUGUCUUUCGGUUAGGAGAGAGUGCGAGCCGGCACUGACCAGCCUCACUCUUCCUUGGCCACAUAUGCUCGACUGCGAUCGAUUUUUGGAUCGAGGUAACACACUUUGCGUUCAACCACCCGAGGAAACUCUUCUCUCGGAAGCCGCCGUUCCGUCUGUUCAACAACAAUGGCCAACGCAAGAACAAAUUCAGCCUGUUCAAACGUCCACGGGACUGCAGAAUCAUCAUCAGUGUCCGCCUCAUUUCGUACAAACGCCGGAUGUACAAAUGAUCUCUUGUGCUCCACGUUGCGGUACCGACGCUUAUUAUCGUGCCGAAGAUAAAAAAUUUGCCGAACGAUGGAUGAUAGGAUGGGCAUGGCUCUGCUUUUUAUCCACCCUUUUCACUCUUUUAACGUUUUGGGUCGAGCCCUCCAGAUUCCGUUAUCCAGAGAGACCCAUAGUAUUUUUGGCCCUCUGUUACAACUUAUUGUCGGUAAAUUAUAUCAUCAGAGGUGCAAUCGGUGUCGAAAUUCUUAGCUGUGUCAGCCAACUCGAUGGACCGAGUUAUGUGCCGGUUCACGACGGAUUAAAGAGUAUUCCUUGUACGAGCUGGUGGAUCGUCAAGCAUUAUCUGAGUUUAGCCAGUAGCACUUGGUGGGCGAUACUGUGCGGUUGUUGGCUUCUCAGCGCUAGAAAUGAGUGGAGUAGCGAAGCUCUGCACAAUAUUGCCUCGUAUCUACAUGCAGUUGCUUGGGGAUUACCGUUCUUUGCUACCGGAGGCAGCUUACUUUCUCGUCAAAUAGUUGCCGACGAACUUACUGGUCUCUGUCAAAUCGCCGAUGAAUCCGCUUUGUGGCUCGAAGUUUUACCACACGCGAUUCUGAUCUUUCUUGGUUGCAUUUUAGCAGCAGUGGCAGGUGGUGCGUUGAUUCGCGUACGACGUGCUAUACGUUCGGCCGGUCGUAGCGCGACGAAGUUGGAAAGACUGAUGACUCGUCUUGGAAUCUUUGCGUUGCUUUACGCCCUGCCAGCCCUUGGUAGCUUAACCUGUAUUUUACACGAAUCUUCGACGAGACCUCGGUGGCGAACGCUCGCACUUCUCGCUGCUCUUGAUUGUCGAUCAGCGGAGAACUGUGUACCGGGCCCCGUUUAUAGAGCGGCAGGACUCGAAGUGGCCCUUCUCAGGCCGUUUUUGUCUUUGGUCAUUGGCGUGACCUCGGGUAUGUGGGUCUGGUCUGGUAAAACUUGUAGAGCUUGGAGUAAAUUACUCGCAGCUCCUAGUAAACCCAAUAGAUCGAUCCCAACUGCCCAACCUCUGACACAAAAUGUUCUUCGGAAUUUUAAACCUGAUGUAAAUAAUCUGCCAUGAGUAAAGUAUUAGUGAAAUGUACGCAAAGGAAUUCCGAAAUUGUACAUAAUAUGUAAAUAUUACGAAUGUAUUAUAUUUUCUAAAGACCGAUCUUUUAGACGUGUUUAAAACACUCUUUAUAUAUAUAUAUAUAUAUAUAUUUUUUUUUUUUAUCGAUUUCCAUUUGUAGGUAAGAUGAAGCUGUACAGAUAAUUCAUUCUAAUUGUGAAAGCAUUGUUUCUUUAUAUGCUGUAUUAAUUUAAUACAAAAAUAAAGCAAUUUGAAACCGUCAA